AUGAGUCGAAGCCCGGAAAGGAUCUCCUCGUACCGGCGCCACUUCGAGUGCGCUGAGGCUGCCUCGUCUUCCACCGCUCUCCAGGUGCGAGUCUCCAGCCCGUCUCCAACGCGCCGCGACAACCGCACUCGCUCUGCGAGCUCUGCCAGCUACGGCCGAAACGGCACCAUGGGACGCAGAGCGGUGUCCGGCUCCCGCAGAAUGGCUGGUAUGGGUGCCAGCAAGGGUGGCAUGGGUGCUCUGUGUACUGGCAUGGGAGGCGUGGACCUGGAUGCAGCGUCCGCUGAGAACCAGGCCUUCAAGAGCACCCGCGCCAGCGAGAGGCAGGAGAUGAUCACUCUCAAUGACCGCCUGGCCGUUUACAUUGAGAAGGUGCGCUCCCUGGAGUCCCAGAACAAGCUGCUUGAGGCAGAGAUUGAUGCUAUCAAGAAUCGCUACAGCAAGCCGACUGGCCUGCGUAAGCUGUACGAGGAGCAGCUUCGUGAGAUGAUGAAAGUGGCCGAGCAGUUGAGGAUGCAGAGGGAUCUGGCCUUUGCUGCUAAGGAUGCCAUGGGUGGUCAGCUGGAGAUGAUGAAGGUCAAAUACGAGGAAGCUGUGGAGGCCAGGAAGAAGGCUGAGAUGGAGAUUGAAGCAUUCCGCCCGGAUGUUGAUGCUGCCACUGCUGCCCGUAUUGCUCUGGAGAAGCAACUGGACAACCUGGAGCAUGAGCUGUGUUUCCUACAGAGACUUCACAAGCAGGAAAUUGAAGAGCUGUUGGCUCAGAUUUACGGAGGCAUGUCUAAAAUCGACUCGGCGUUCGGCCUGCCUGACCUUGGCGCUGCGCUCAAGGACAUCCAAACACAAUACGACAGCAUCGCCGCCAAGAACCUACAGGAAAUGGACUCUUGGUACAAGAACAAAUUCCAGGACAUGAAUAACAAGUCAACGAAACAUGUGGAUAAAGCACGGAGUACGAGAGAGGGGAUAACUGGGGCGAAGAGAGAUAUUGCGAACAAGGAACGUGACCUGGAGGCAAUGAAGACUAGGAAUGAGGCAUUGGAGGCUCAGAUCCUUGAGGCCCGGGAACGCUACAAGAAGGAGGAGGAAGACCUCCUGGCCAGAAUUGAAGCUGUGAAGCUGGAACUGCAGGGCAUCAAGUCAAAGAUUGCCAUGAUAAUGAAAGAAUACCAGGACCUGCUCAAUGUCAAAAUGGCCUUGGAAAUUGAGAUCACCACCUACAGGAAGUUGAUUGAGGGUGAGGACCUUCGCCUGGACUCCAUGGUGCAGCUUGGUGCCAUGUCCCUGAUGGGAGGUGGCAUGGGUGGUGGUGGUAUGGGUGGUGGUAUGGGUGGUGGUAUGGGUGGUGGCAUGGGUGGUGGUAUGGGUGGUGGUAUGGGUGGUGGUAUGGGAGGUGGCAUGGGUGGUGGUGGUAUGGGAGGAGGCGCGGGUGGUGGCAUGGGUGGUGGCAUGGCUGCCAUGGGCGCUGGAGGCAUGGGCAGUAGCGGUAGUGGGAUAAGCGCUGGUGGUGGCACGAAUGGCAGUGCCAAGGGUAUGGGCGCCAUGAGUGGCAGUGCUGGCAUGGGCAAUGGUAAGGCUGGAGGAGCCGCCAUGGCAAGUGGCAUGAGUUCGUCCAUGAGCGCCACCAAGACAUCAGGGUCCAUGGAGAUGGAAUCCAAGACCAUGUCCUCCACCAAUGGGGCGAUGUCCAUGACGACCCACGACAAGGCUGAGUUCUCUGGGGCGGUGGAGACGACCGAGAGGAAGACCCUCCUGAUCAGAACAGUUAAGACCGAUGAGGACGAGAUUCUCAGUGACACCCAGGAGCGAACCUUCACAAUCACUGGAGCGGCCGACGACGAGUAG